UAUACUUUAUUUGAUGGGAGCAACGCCGCCUUAUGUCAGCGGAUCAAUGUCGGACCGCUUAUCACCACGUGCUGCCCCGCGUUCAGCCUGACAUUGGAGAUGUUGACAUUCUAGAUUUAUUGCCUUCAUUACUUUGCUGUGACAAUAAACUGGUCGUGGACCAUUGUGUAGGGCGCUGAGGCUUAUAAUUGGUGUACCUGAAUCUCGGAAUGCAUCAAUGACCCUCGUGGAAAAGCAAUCCAACCCCUCAUCUCACCUCCGCAUAGACACCCGAUCUCCUCACAUCAGCUAAGAUACACCACUACAUCUUACAUCUCACAUCUCACUCCAUUGAACAUCACCACACCAACCCACCCAAAAUGCCCACCCCAUCCGAUCCCAAACCCACCCUCGUCCGGUGGUACAUCGACACCCGGCCCCUAACCAGCACCUCUCCGGCCCUCCCCCUCCUCGAGACCCUCCAACCCACCGAACAACAAGCCAUCCAGAAAUACUACCACCUCAAGGACCGGCACAUGUCCCUCGCCUCCAACCUGCUCAAAUACCUCUUCAUCCACCGCACCUGCCGCAUCCCCUGGUCCCAAAUCACCAUCAGCCGGACCCCAGCUCCGCACCACCGACCCUGCUUCAUCCCAUCAGCAGCAAUCCUCUCCUCCUCAUCCACCGCCCCAAUCCCAGUAGUCGAAUUCAACGUCAGCCACCAAGACUCAAUGGUCGCCUUAGCCGGCACCACCAUCCCACCCAACCCCAAACCAGCCAACCAGCAAGAAAUCCAAGUCGGAAUCGACAUCACCAGCACAACAGAACACCUCCGCUCCCCGCGGAACCCAUCCCCGCCUACCCGCUCCGCAUUCCUGGAGUACGUAUCCAUCUUCACGGAGAUAUUCUCUGCGAGGGAACUGUCGUUAAUAAAGUCCCUGACGCAUCCUGUUCACGGGUACUCGGUGUCGUCGACGGAGGGGGUGGUGUAUAGUUAUCGGGUGUUCUUUGCGUAUUGGGCGCUGAAGGAGGCGUAUAUUAAGAUGACGGGGGAGGCGUUGUUGGCGGAGUGGUUGAGGGAGUUGGAGUUCUUGGAUGUGAGGGUUCCCGAUACGGAUGGGGAGGUUUAUCGUGGGGUUAGGGUGUUGAUGAAGGGGAGAGAGGUGAAGGAGGUGUGCUUGUUUGGGGUGAUGGUAUCUUAUCUACAACAUGUGGGUAUUGUGGUUUGCGUAGGUUGGUUUUGGUGAAGUGACGGUCUAAAAAAGCAUUAAGAAUAUGCUCUAUAUACACUCUAGGAAAGAAACCCAUGGGCCGCGUCAUGCAAUGGAUGGCCAGACGAACUCCAAGACAAGGUCUUUACUUUACCCCCCGCUGCGUCUUUCUUUCUACUGGAUUUAUGUCCCUCCAGUCAGCUCCUCUCGCCCCAUCAACAUCUGUUGCUGUUUCCCUAACCAGUCGGGGUAUCCACACACACACACUCCCUCUCUGUCUCGCCAAUUUAAG